AUGAUACCAGUUAUUCAGAGAGAGUUGGACGAAUUUCGAAAUACUGUUUGGAAUCCACACAGAAUAAGAAAGCAGGACACAAACCUUCCAGAUGGAGUUCCCAACCACAUGCAUGCAUUUCCACAAGAAUAUGGUCUUCAGGAAUGCGGUAAGCAUUUUACAAAAUUAAUAUACUGCACCUAUCGAACAGCACAUUUGGAUGUUAUGCCAUACUGAACAUAUAUAUGUAUAUUGAUCAUUUUUAUAAGUGGUAAUUGCACAUUUUGUACCAUGUGUGCAUUUAAAUCAGUAUCCAAAUUCAAACCUUUAAAACCUUUGCACUUUGUAUUUUUAGGUUGGCCAAUCACUGAGGAACAGCUUCAAGAAGCAGCAACAGCAUCAGGUGUUUUGAAUGUGCCAAAUGAUUUUAUCAGUCCCGAGUUUAGAGAAGAAUGUGAGCGAUUUAUUCCACACCCUGAAAAGAUUGAAUCUUCGGAAAGCAAACACGCAUUUAUUUUUUUAAAAGAAAGAGUCAAUGUUUAA